AUGGCGUUUGGCGAGCCGCGCGCCGCUUCUGCGAUUGGGGAGACGCUGCCCAAGUGGGUCGAGAACGACCGCAAGGUGCUGCGCUUCUGGGGCUACUUCCAGGAGUCAGUCACCGAGUCAAACAUCGAGAACCACCGCAUGCGGCGCGUGGCGCUGCAUUACUAUCUUGCGGACGACAGCCUGCAGGUGGCGGAGCCGAAGCAGGACAACAGCGGCAUCCCUCAGGGCAUCUUUGUGCGCCGCCACCAAGUGCCGCGCGGCGACGGCAGCGGCGCCACCAUUGUGCCCGCCGACCUGGCGGUGGGGGCCACCAUUGACGUCUACGGGCGCACCUUCUUCCUGGUGGACUGCGACCAGUUCACGCGGGCGUGGUUCCGCGAGAACCUUCAGCUGGAGCAGGCAGACGCCCAGGGCUACCCCUCAGACCAGGUUGAUGCGUAUCGCACAAAGUUUGGGCUGACAUCCACCGGCCCCUCCAAGAAGAGCAACGACCUGGCGACCUUUGUUGAGGCGCGCCUGGGCAAGCCCAGCCACCUGCUGGAGGGCGACAAGCUCCGCCAGUUCAUCGCGAACAACGGCAAGGUGCUGCGCUUCUGGUGCGUGUGGGACGACCGCCAGGGCAUGUAUGGCGACAGGCGGCCAUACGUGCUGCACUUCUACCUGGAGGAUGACACUGUGGAGAUUAAUGAGGUGCACGAGCGCAACAGCGGCCGCGACCCGUUCCCCAUCUUUGUCAAGCGCGGACCGCUGCCGCGCGCCAAGCCGCGCGGCGUGACUCUGACAGGGCGCUUCCCCAAGAGCAUGUGCUACAGACCCGAGGACCUGCGCAUUGGCGGCGUCAUCAACGUGCACGGCCGCGCGUUCCUGGUGUACGGCUGCGACGCCGCCACCCGCGAGUGGUACAAAGUGCGCGCUCAGGACGCAUGGUCCUCGGCCCCACCCGGACAUCGCGUGUUGACGACCCCCCUCCUGGGCCUUCUCCCGCGUUGA